UCCGAAGUGGCGAAACUAGAAGGGGGGAGUGGCCUUAGGGAAAAUCAGAGAGUCAACAAACUCCGAUUGCCUCUCCAUCUCCCCCAACUCUCUCUUCUCUGAUCCUGGAGAACUUGAAGUUCGAAUUUGAAACUCGCCAGACGUUUUUCUCGUCGAUAUCUGUCGCAAGGUUUUUGCCACAAUGAGUUAUUGUGCACCCCUGAGACGUCAAAGGAUAUUCAGUUGAGAGUGUCUUUAUUCAGUACAUGAUAUGGACUGCAAUAAGGAGGAGGCUCUUCGCGCGAAGGCCCUGGCUGAGAAGAAGUUACAGAGCAAGGAUUUUCCUGGAGCUCGUAAAAUUGCGCUGAAAGCCCAGCAACUUUACCCUGAUCUGGAGUAUAUUAACCACAUGCUCAUGGUUUGUGACGUGCACUGUUCUGCUGAGAAGAAAUUGCCUGGUAAUGAGAUGGACUGGUAUGGUAUCUUACAACUAGAACAGGCUGCUGAUGAGGCCUCAAUUAAGAAGCAGUACAGGAAGUUUGCUCUUUAUCUACAUCCUGAUAAAAACAAGUUUGCUGGGGCAGAAGCGGCUUUUAAGCUAAUUGGGGAAGCUCAGAGAGUCCUUUUGGAUCGGGAUAAAAGGUCCAUGCAUGACAUGAAGCGUCAUGCUUCUGUACCUAGACCAUCGGCACGUGCUUCCCAUUAUAGGCAACCUUCAGCACCUCACCGGCCUUCAGCACCUUACCGGCCUCCACAGAAGGCAAAUUGGAAUCCGAAUGUUGGAUAUCAAACCAACAUUGGUGACAAUUUCUCGGGCUUUAAUACCCAACAUCAGCAGCCACAACAGCCAGCACAGCCUGGAUUCUCUAAUGGGCGCCAGACGUUUUGGACUGUCUGUCCUUUUUGUUCUGUUAGGUAUCAGUACUAUAGGAAACUCAUCAAUAAGCCUUUGGCUUGUUCAAAUCAAAAUUGUGGGAAGACGUUUCUUGCAUGCGAAGUGAAUAUUGCAGGUGCAUCUCCAGCUUCUACAAUGUAUACACCAACUUUCCAACAUCAGAAAGUUUUCCCUACUCAGGGUGCAUCUAAACUGGAAGUGGGACGCAAAGGUACUUCUAACCCUGAGAAUGUUAGGCCUGAUGUCUUCAGGAAGACUCAAGUUCGACCUGAAAAGGUAAAUAAGAAGAGAAACAGAAGACAAGUGGUGGAGUCUAGUGAAAGUUAUGACAGUGGAAGCAGCAGUGAGUCUGAUGAAGAUUCAGUUAUCCGGGCAGAUGGUAACUUUCAGGGGAGCCAGAACGUUGGUCGCCCGCGUGAGCAGUCUGUACGGAGAUCGACUCGGCAAAAACAGCAGGUUUCUUAUAAAGAAAAUUUAAGUGAUGAUGAAGACACCAACCCUGUGAAAAGGUCUAAAGGGGGCAGCCCAUCCUCUUCUACUGAAGAGGACUUUGAAGAUGUGUUGCGAGGGGAGACAUCCAACUUGGAUGGGAAGGAUGGCUUAGCUACUAACUUGAAUGAAGAUAAGAAAGGGGGAAAAUGCACAGAAAAUGGUUGUUCAGGAGGUAGCCCAGCACAUGAUGAUUCCAAAUCAGACUUCUGCAUGAAAGACACGACAGAUCCAGAGGUUUAUAGUUAUCCUGAAUCAGAAUUUAGCGACUUCGACAAGGAGAGGAAAGAAGGCUGCUUUGCGAGUGGCCAGGUGUGGGCUGUUUAUGAUACAUUGGAUGCCAUGCCUAGAUUUUAUGCUCUGAUAAGAAGAGUCUACCCAGGUCGCUUCAGACUGCGAAUAACAUGGUUAGAACCAGAUCCUGAUGAUGAAAAUGAGAUCAAUUGGAGGAAGGAGAGCUUACCAGUUUCCUGUGGUAAGUUUAAACCUGGACAGAGUGAGAACACUAAAAACUGCCUCAUGUUUUCUCACGUGGUCUUUUGUGAGGAAGGAAGUCAUAAGCAAACAUACAAAAUUUAUCCCCAGACAGGGGAAACUUGGGCCCUUUUCAAGAACUGGGACAUUAAUUUGCAUCCUGAUCCUGACAAUCAUAGGAAGUAUGAGUUUGAUGUUGUUGAGAUCUUGUCGGCAUAUGCCAAAGGUAUUGGCUUGUCCGUUGCCUAUUUGGGCAAGGUGAAAGGCUUUGCUAGUCUUUUCUCUCGAAAAGCUAAAAAUGGCAUCUCUUCAUUUCGGAUUCGUCCAGAUGAAUUAUACAGGUUUUCUCAUAGGGUUCCAUCUUACAGAAUGAGCGGUGAUGAAAGGGAAGGAGUUCCGAAAGGAUCUGUUGAACUGGAUCCUGCUUCGAUGCCUAUAAACCUGGAAGAGUUUGUUCCGUCUGAAGAAAUAAGUGUUAAUGGUAGUCAUUAUGAAGCUCCACGUUCCCGUGUUCCUGAGGAAGUGAAAACUGAGAUGGGAUCUGUGGAAAAGUCUGGCCAAUCUGAUUUGGAGGAGGUGUGCACAGAACGCAAGAAGUGUAACUCUGUGAAGCAUAAAGAGAAUUCCAGUGCUUCUGCUCCUUUACACCCAGAAGUUUUUGAAGUUCCAGAUCCAGAAUUUCACAACUUUGAUGAUGCAAAAUCACCAGAAAAUUUCCGAGUUGGUCAAGUUUGGGCUUUGUACUCUGAUGAGGAGGGCUUACCCAAGUACUAUGGUCGGAUAAUGACCGUCCUGUCUGAACCAGAAUUUAAAUUGCAGUUGAGAUGGAUGUCCAGCUUUCUUCUCCCAGACAAUGUCAUUAUGUGGCACGACAAAUGCAUGCCCAUAUCUUGUGGGAAAUUUAGGCUUGAAAGGGGCCGACCACCUCAAUUUUAUACUUCCACUGCUUCAUUUUCGCACUGCAUAAAUGUUGAACUUGAUGGUGGCAGAAAGACUGAAACAUUUGACAUUUUCCCUCGGAAACAUGAGGUGUGGGCAUUGUACAAGAACUGGUGUCCUGAAAUGAAGUUCUCUGAGUUAGGAAAAUGUGAGUAUGAGGUGGUGGAGGUUAUUGAGGAGAAUGACUUGGAGAUUAAAGUUGUGGCUUUAGAGAAUGUAACGGGGUUCAACUCGGUUUUCAAGCCUCAAGCAAGAGGAGACUCGAGGGUUACAACAGAAAUUCCGUGGGUAGAGCUUAUGCGGUUUUCUCAUCAAGUGCCUGCUUUUCGGUUAACGGAGGAAAGGAACGGAAGCCUAAGAGGCUUUUGGGAGAUCGAUACAGCUGCAUUACCUCUCCGCUUCUUUAACUGCAGCUGAAGUGGACACGGAACCUCUGACACAACCCACAUGAUUAUUCCAUUUGAAUAUUGUGGCUCAGUCAAUAGUUUGUCUUUCGCAGAGGUUUUUUGGCUUAUUGGGUUACUUUUGGUGCUUGCACAGCUGCAUUAUUGAAGUGGGUUGGUUGAAUGUGGUGGCUGAUCAUUUCGAUCAGUUGUGCAGCUUUACUGUUUAGGCAACAGGUUAGCCACUGUGGCUCGAGUCUGUUAUGCUGGACUAACUCUACUGAAAUUUCUCGAGUAGUCUCUUCCUCUUGUAGAUUACUUUAAUAUCCUCUUUAUUUGGAUGUAGAAUCCCAUUUUGGGGGAUCCUAUAUGGAUCCCAAACUCCUGCAGUGGUGACGGAUAGCAAUGUGUCACGACUCCAUUUUUCAGGUUUAAAGGUGUCAUUUAGCC